GCAAUGGAUUCUCCCUACGCAAACGGAGCCUACAGCCCCCCGUACCCUCCGGCUCCCGGCGCCGCCCCGCACUACACCAGCCUGCCGCAGACACGGGGGUACUACUGCUCCGGGCCCCCGCGGACCCCCUACCCUGCAGAGUCCACGGGCAUGUACCGGCCCCCGUCGCCCGCUCCCCCCUGGAGCUACGCCCCGCCGGACUGCCCCCCCGAAGGGUCCUCUCUCAGGAGGCAGCAGACCCCGGGAAUGCCCAUCCCACAGUAUCCGUACGGAGACAACAAUCCAGGGGUCACACCGCAGGGGCCUCUGCCACAGCCCAGACCCCCGGAGGACACGUGGGCUCCCCCCACCGUCUAUGGGGUGCAGCCGCGUUACGCAUGGCCCGCUGCUUCGGCGCACGGGAACCCGUUCGUCUCCGAAUCGCACCCAUCCUGGACUGGCAGCGGAGCGCCUUCCCACCCUCCUGCAUGGGACGCAAAGGAUACUGCUUACGACAAACCUGAGCAAAGCGCAAACCGGCACAACUACUAUUCCGAUGUCAAUCACCAGCACUCUGGGACAAUUAAUGACCACAAGCCAGCCACUCCGCUCAACGCCAGGCCACCCCUUUCAAACCCCAAGGUGCAGUACAGCGCACAGCCCCAAAUGUAUGACAGUGCAUCUCGGAAGCUUUUGGCUGGGAACCGGGAGGCUGGCUUUAAACCUGGUGGCCAGCCUUCAACAAAUUCUGCAGCCAUCCAGCCAGAGAUUCAGAGAAUCCUCCACGUUAUGGGGGAGGCUGAACAGCUGGAGCAGGAGGUGGAUGAAUUUGUAGGAAAAAAGACAGAUAAAUCCUACCGGCUUCUGGAGGAGAUGUUGACCAAGCUGCUGUUGGAACUGGAUUCCAUCGAGACUGGUGGCCAGGACAGUGUUCGGCAGGCCAGGAAAGAGUCCGUCCACAGAAUUCAGGCCAUACUGGAAAAACUGGAAAGAAAGGGAUUGUGA